AUGCGUACUUUCUAUUUCUGCGCCGCUGCACUUAUUUUCGUCCUUGCAUUGUACCAAGUGAAUGCCCAAAAAGGUGUUGGUGGAGGUGACGGUGGACUAUUAGAUGAUGUGGGUGAAACUGUUGAUGCAUUACUAUAUGGUCAACGUCAACUGUUCCAAGUGAAUGCUCACGUUGUCGGUGGACUAGCGGGAGUAACUGUUGAACUAGGAGGUGGACAUAGAGGUGGACUAAGAGGUGGACGAGGAGCUGGACUAGGACUUGGACUAGGAUUUGGACUAGAAGGUGCUGCGGGUAACGUUUUUGGUGGAUCAGUAAAUACAGCAGGUCACCAUGCAGGAAGCCUAGCAGGUGCAGCCGGUCAAGUUGCUGGUGGAGUAGCAGAUGUAGCUGGUAAUACUGUCGGUGGAGUAGCAGGUGCAGCUGGUAAUACUGUAGGUGGAGUAGCAGGUGCAGCCGGUAAAGUUGUAGGAAGCCUAGCAGAUGCACCCAGUCAAGUUUCUGGUGGAGUAGCAGAUGUAGCUGGUAAUACUGUCGGUGGAGUAGCAGGUGCAGCUGGUAAUACUGUCGGUGGAGUAGCAGGUGCAGCCGGUAAAGUUGUAGGAAGCCUAGCAGGUGCACCCGGUCAAGUUGCUGGUGGAGUAGCAGGUGUAGCUAAUAAUACUGUCGGUGGAGUAGCAAGUGCAGCUGGUAAUACUGUCGGUGGAGUAGCAGGUGCAGCUGGUAAUACUGUCGGUGGAGUAGCAAGUGCAGCUGGUAAUACUGUCGGUGGAGUAGCAGGUGCAGCCGGUAAAGUUGUAGGAAGCCUAGCAGGUGCACCCGGUCAAGUUUCUGGUGGAGUAGCAGAUAUAGCUGGUAAUACUGUCGGUGGAGUAGCAGGUGCAGCUGGUAAUACUGUCGGUGGAGUAGCAGGUGCAGCCGGUCAAGUUGUAGGAAGCCUAGCAGGUGCACCCGGUCAAGUUUCUGGUGGAGUAGCAGGUGUAGCUAAUAAUACUGUCGGUGGAGUAGCAAGUGCAGCUGGUAAUACUGUCGGUGGAGUAGCAGGUGCAGCUGGUAAUACUGUCGGUGGAGUAGCAGGUGCAGCCGGUCAAGUUGUAGGAAGCCUAGAAGGUGCACCCGGUCAAGUUUCUGGUGGAGUAGCAGAUGUAGCUGGUAAUACUGUCGGUGGAGUAGCAGGUGCAGGUGGUAAUACUGUCGGUGGAGUAGCAGGUGCAGCCGGUCAAGUUGUAGGAAGCCUAGCAGAUGCACCCAGUCAAGUUUCUGGUGGAGUAGCAGAUGUAGCUGGUAAUACUGUCGGUGGAGUAGCAGGUGCAGCUGGUAAUACUGUCGGUGGAGUAGCAGGUGCAGCCGGUAAAGUUGUAGGAAGCCUAGCAGGUGCACCCGGUCAAGUUGCUGGUGGAGUAGCAGGUGUAGCUAAUAAUACUGUCGGUGGAGUAGCAAGUGCAGCUGGUAAUACUGUCGGUGGAGUAGCAGGUGCAGCUGGUAAUACUGUCGGUGGAGUAGCAGGUGCAGCCGGUCAAGUUGUAGGAAGCCUAGCAGGUGCACCCGGUCAAGUUUCUGGUGGAGUAGCAGAUGUAGCUGGUAAUACUGUCGGUGGAGUAGCAGGUGCAGGUGGUAAUACUGUCGGUGGAGUAGCAGGUGCAGCCGGUCAAGUUGUAGGAAGCCUAGCAGGUGCAGCCGGUCAAGUUGCUGGUGGAGUAGCAGGUGUAGCUAAUAAUACUGUCGGUGGAGUAGCAAGUGCAGCUGGUAAUACUGUCGGUGGAGUAGCAGGUGCAGCUGGUAAUACUGUCGGUGGAGUAGCAGGUGCAGCCGGUCAAGUUGUAGGAAGCCUAGCAGGUGCACCCGGUCAAGUUGCUGGUGGAGUAGCAGGUGUAGCUAAUAAUACUGUCGGUGGAGUAGCAAGUGCAGCUGGUAAUACUGUCGGUGGAGUAGCAGGUGCAGCUGGUCAAGUUGUAGGAAGCCUAGCAGGUGCACCCGGUCAAGUUGCUGGUGGAGUAGCAGGUGUAGCUAAUAAUACUGUCGGUGGAGUAGCAAGUGCAGCUGGUAAUACUGUCGGUGGAGUAGCAGGUGCAGCCGGUCAAGUUGUAGGAAGCCUAGCAGGUGCACCCGGUCAAGUUGCUGGUGGAGUAGCAGGUGCAGCCGGUCAAGUUGUAGGAAGCCUAGCAGGUGCACCCGGUCAAGUUGCUGGUGGAGUAGCAGGUGUAGCUAAUAAUACUGUCGGUGGAGUAGCAAGUGCAGCUGGUAAUACUGUCGGUGGAGUAGCAGGUGCAGCCGGUCAAGUUGUAGGAAGCCUAGCAGGUGCACCCGGUCAAGUUGCUGGUGGAGUAGCAGGUGCAGGCGGUCAAGUUGUAGGAAGCCUAGCAGGUGCACCCGGUCAAGUUGCUGGUGGAGUAGCAGGUGCAGCCGGUCAAGUUGUAGGAAGCCUAGCAGGUGCACCCGGUCAAGUUGCUGGUGGAGUAGCAGGUGUAGCUAAUAAUACUGUCGGUGGAGUAGCAAGUGCAGCUGGUAAUACUGUCGGUGGAGUAGCAGGUGCAGCCGGUCAAGUUGCUGGUGGAGUAGCAGGUGCAGCCGGUCAAGUUGUAGGAAGCCUAGCAGGUGCAGCCGGUCAAGCUGCUGGUGGAGUACCAGGUGUAGCUAAUAAUACUGUCGGUGGAGUAGCAAGUGCAGCUGGUAAUACUGUCGGUGGAGUAGCAGGUGCAGCCGGUCAAGCUGCUGGUGGAGUAGCAGAUGUAGCUGGUAAUACUGUCGGUGGAGUAGCAGAUGUAGCUGGUAAUACUGUCGGUGGAGUAGCAGGUGCAGCCGGUCAAGUUGUAGGUGGACUAGCAGGUACAACGGGUAAUGUUGUUGGUGGACUGGCAGGUGCAGCUGGUAAUAUUGCAUCGGGUUAUACUAGUGGUGGACUAGUAGGAUUAAUCAAUGGUCUAGGAUUUGGACUGGGAGAUACACCGGUUAAUGUUGUCGGUAGUCCAGCAGGUGCAGCAGGUAAUGCUGCUGGUGAAGUAGCAGGUUCAGUCGGUGGAGUACGAUUGGGAGGUGGUCUUCUAGUUGGAAUCGGUGGCGGAGUUGUAUAG